GGUUUCAUACAAUCGAUUUUGUGGUCCAAAGCGAAAUCGAUUUCCAUUGUUUCGAUCGAGUUAGGGUUCCAAAUCGAAAAGGGGGUUUUCGAUUUAUGGUUCUAAUUCGUCAUGCGGUUUGGACUUAGGGUACUUAAUCGAAUUAAGAGGCUCGUUUUAGGGUUUUAAAUCGUGUGAUUUGUGGUACAGAUGGACCCCGCAGAAGAGAGAAGAGAGAUGAAGAGGCAAAAGGAGCACUACAUCAUGCUUCAAUGCGCGGCUGAUGCGCAAUACGGGAUUCCGACGAGGUGUCUGUGUGGUUUGCGGAUCAUUAAUGAGGUUCGUGGGAAGGAGGAGUACGACAGCCUUCCUGGGAAGCGCUUUUUCACGUGCAAGAACUACGAGGUAAACGAUUCUGAGUCCCCUUUCAGUUUGUAUAAGUUAUUUGCUUAUGGAUAGUUCUGAUAUCUAUUUGUUAUGUUGUAACCAAGGAUGAUGGGUUGCAUUUUCGUCAUCCUUGGGUGUUUGGUGUCCAGGAGGAGAUCGAGAGUCUGACAAAACGUGUGAAGGAGUCCGAGGAGGUGAUUCUUUUGAUGGCAAAACUCAAGCUUCAAAUUGAAACACUGGAGGAACAGGUUCACGACCUCAAUGUCAAAGUUCGUGUCCUACAGAAGGUCUGCUUCGACUAAAAACAGAAGGUCACGGGCAUCAAGUCACAAGUUUGCAGGUCACGGGUAGUGUUAUGUUUUGUCUGUUUUAUGUCUAGUUGCUCAGUUUGUUUGACGGAAAGUGUAGCAUUUUCCUUCUGACUACACUUCUUUUUCACUUGUUUCACGGAUGCAAUGAAGACACCCACGGGUGUAUGUACUAAAAACUUGGUUCACGGAUUUGUAAACAAAACACCCACGGGUGUAUUUCUAUGGAUGCUCUAUAUAUACUAUGUCUUUCAUAAUCUGAAAAACUUCACAGCAGAAGGAAAAAAAAAACUAUCAUUCGCUAGUUUCUGGAAACCAAAAACAUCAAAACUCAUUGCCUAUCUUUCUUUAUCUUUCAUUAUCUUUGCAAACCAUAACAUUUUCUAUCUCUCUGCAAACAAUUUAUUUCUCUGUUUCCAAAACAAUUGUCUAUCUUUUCACUUUCCAAAAAUACCAAAAGUGUUUUUCUUUCCAAAACACUUGACCAAAUUUACAAAAAACGGAAAACAAUGUCGACCUCGUCAAGUGAUGAAAGUGAUGAAGUAGAUGAAAUUCUAAAUGAAGCCUUAGAAGAAAUUGUGGAUCAACAUGUUGAUAAUUUCAUCGAUUCAAUCAUUAAUGUUCAAGCCAACACCCGGAAUAGACGAGCUUAUAUCGAAAGAGAUCGAGAACAAGGACAGAAACAGCUCUGGGACGACUAUUUUAGUGAUCAUCCUACAUAUUCAGCAGACAUGUUUAGGCGGCGUUUUCGAAUGAACAAGCCAUUGUUCCUUCGCAUUGUCGAUCGCCUAAGUAAUGAAGUUCCAUACUUUCAGCAAAGAAGAAAUGCUCACGGCAGGUACGGACUUUCUGCACUUCAAAAAUGUACAGCGGCUAUACGUAUACUGGCAUAUGGUCAAUCGGGAGAUAUGUAUGACGAAUAUCUCCGACUUGGUGAGAGUACAUCACGUUUAUGUUUGGAAAAUUUUACUAACGGAAUAAUACAUUUGUUUGGAAAUGAGUAUCUAAGAAGACCUACACCGGAGGAUCUUCAACGAUUACUCGAUCUUGGAGAGGCACGCGGGUUUCCAGGUAUGAUAGGCUCGAUCGACUGUAUGCAUUGGCAGUGGAAAAACUGCCCAAUGGCUUGGAAAGGCCAGUACACACGUGGUUCAGGGAAGCCGACAAUUGUCUUAGAAGUUGUGGCAUCACAAGAUCUAUGGAUAUGGCACGCAUUUUUUGGCUUGCCAGGUACUCUCAACGAUAUCAAUGUUCUUGAUCGGUCACCAGUUUUUGAUGACAUUUUACAAGGUCGAGCACCAAAAGUUAAGUUCAAGGUCAACAACCACACAUAUCGUAUGGCAUACUACCUUACUGACGGAAUCUAUCCAAACUGGGCAACAUUUAUCCAAUCCAUCCGACUUCCUCAAGGUCCUAAAGCAGAGCUAUUUGCCGAACGUCAAGAAUCCACCAGAAAAGAUGUUGAACGGGCUUUUGGAGUAUUGCAAGCAAGGUUUGCAAUAGUUAAAAACCCAGUUCUACUAUGGGACAAGGAAAAAAUAGGACAGAUUAUGAGAACUUGUGUCAUAUUGCACAAUAUGAUAGUAGAGAACGAACGAGGCGGAUACACUCUAACCGAUACAUCUCAGUUCGAGUCGGGAGAGACAAGCAGAAGUUCCAAGGUGAAAAGUAGAACAAGUUUUAAUAUCGGUAAUAUGCUAGGCAUUCGCAAUGAUCUUCGGGAUUCAGAGAAACAUGAUCGUUUGAAAGCUGAUUUAGUUGAAAAUGUUUGGCAAAAAUUUGGUAACGAAGAUGAAUAAUAUUUGUAUGUUCAAGAAUUCUCAAAGUAUUCAAUAAUAUGUUUUUGUAAUAAAUUUGUUUAUGUAAUCUAUCUUAAAAAAAAAAAUAUUUUAAAAAUUAUUAUAUUUUAUUCAUGUAUUGUCAUAUAUUGAAAACUUUAAAAAAUAAAAAAAUAUUAUUUUAUUUCUAUGAACCCCUUUUUCAGAUUCACCAAUGCAGCAGCACAAUAGGUAGAGGUUCAUCACUAUUUAUGGUCCCAUCAAAAAAUUAAUAAAAAAAUCUUAUGAACCCCGAUAAGGGGUUCACUAAUGCAGAUGGUCUUAGAUAACACCACGUUUAACAACUUUUGUUAUAACCAAAGUUAAAUCAUUUUUUUAACAUAAAAAAAUGUUGCUUAGUUAGCACUGUCUAAAAGAAAAUCAUGAUAUUACGGACGGAUUAAAUUAUAUUUCUUUGUUGCUGGAUAUACAAAUAAUAAACAUGUCGGUAAGACCAUCUCCCAUUCAUAUCUAUUUUGUUGUUAAGAUUUGAGAGAAGAUUUGUGAGAAUGUAUUGUAUCUUUUUUAUUGCUUACACCACUAUAUAUAGUAGUUCAUAUAAGGUGGAGUCAAAGAGGGAAUUGAUUACAAAGAUACUAUACAUAAUGACAUAGUCAAACUCAUAAAGACUAAGGUUGAAUGGGUCUUCCAUGUGGCUGGAUGUAAACUCCCAAU